GGGGACUGGCUGGCAUUUCCUGCAGAAGUUGUGUUCCCAUCUGCUCGCCCAGGCUCCACCAUGCCGACCGCCUACCCUGAAUUUGAUCUAGAGGACUUUGUGUAUGACGAGUCUGCUGAGGCCUGCUAUGUGGGCGACAUCGUGGCAUUCGGGACCAUCUUCCUGUCCAUCUUCUACUCCCUCGUCUUCGCCUUUGGUCUGGUGGGGAAUCUGCUGGUGGUGCUGGCCCUCACCAACAGCCGGAAGCCCAAGAGCGUCACCGACAUCUACCUCCUGAACCUGGCCUUGAGCGACCUGCUCUUCGUGGCUACCUUGCCUUUCUGGACCCACUACAUCGUCAGUGAGGAAGGGCUCCACAACGCCGUGUGCAAGCUCACCACCGCCUUCUUCUUCAUCGGCUUCUUUGGGGGCAUAUUCUUCAUUACUGUCAUCAGCGUCGAUAGGUACCUGGCCAUUGUCCUGGCCGCCAACUCCAUGAACAGCCGAACGGUGCAGCAUGGUGUCACCAUCAGCCUGGGCGUCUGGGCGGCAGCCAUCCUGGUGGCGGCACCCCAGUUCAUGUUCACAAAGAGAAAGGAGAAAGAAUGUCUGGGUGACUACCCCCAAGUCCUGCAGGAGAUCUGGCCCGUGCUCCGCAACUCGGAAGCCAACAUCCUGGGCUUCCUGCUGCCGCUGCUCAUCAUGAGCUUUUGCUACUUCCGAAUCAUCCAGACGCUGUUCUCCUGCAAGAAUCACAAGAAGGCCAGAGCCAUCAAGCUCAUCCUCCUGGUGGUGGUGGUCUUCUUCCUCUUCUGGACACCAUACAACAUCGUGAUUUUCAUGGAGACCCUCAAGUUCUACAACUUCUUCCCUAGUUGUGACACAAAAAGGGACCUGAGGCUGGCUCUCAGUGUGACAGAGACAGUGGCCUUCAGUCACUGCUGCCUCAACCCCUUCAUCUACGCCUUUGCUGGGGAAAAGUUCAGGAGAUACCUUGGACACCUAUACAGGAAGUGCCUGGCUGUAAUGUGCGGCCGUUCCGUCCAUGUCGACUUCACGCCGGAAUCUCAGAGAAGCAGGCAGGACAGCAUCCUGAGCAGCUUUACUCACUACACCAGUGACGGGGAGGGAUCGAUCCUGCUCUGAAAGGCUUUUCUCCGCCACCCUGCCUCCGCCAAGAACCCAGAGUUCUCCACUCUGGCUCAGCGUAACUGAAAACAGACUUACUUUUCCUGCUACGUCUUGUGUGCGAGAAAUAUGGACAAGACGCCUACAAAGCAACCCUGCCGUGUUUUUGAAGAUUCUGUGUUCGAUUCGUGAAAGGCGCACACAUCUCUUACUGUAAAAGCUGACAAGUGACAAAGCUUCUAACCCGAUUAGCAUAAUUACAAAGGGAUUGGUGAGGGUUAUUCUCAUAGUCAGGCAGGCAAGGGGCGAUUAAAUCUCAGAAUGAGUGGAAACCUAGGAUCGAAUCCAGCUAGAACAUCCCCUCUCUGCCCUUGAGAUCUCUGAGUAGUGCCAGGUCAUCCAGGCCCACAUUCCAUGGCUCUAUCAUCAGAGAAGGGACCUGCUCUCUGUGAUUCCAAGGUCAACUUUCCCAAGUUGUGUCACGUGGCCAUCCCUUGAUUAGGUGGUGGCUCUGAAGUAGAUUGAUCUGAGAUAUUGUUGGGACCUCAAAGCUAGCGGCUGAGGGAGACGCGCUCUCAGAAGUUGGAGGUGGGGAACUACCGUGGCAAGACAGGAAUGUCUCAUCUGCCUUACCGUACUUACCUCGCUGACUCAGGCUCUCCCCCCAGCAACCAACACGUGUCUACUGCCAGAUUCCUCAUUAAGCCUGUCUUUAGGAUGUCCUGAAAACUUCAAGGGCCCCCACUGUUCACCACAUAAAAUGAAAACUCAAGGGCCUGGCCUCUGAGAGACGGUAGAUCAGAUGCAGUUCUAAAAAUAGGCUCCAUGUUGCCUCGUCCUUCCCACAGCAACCGACCCACGCUGCUGCAGUCUCCCACACCCCUCCCCUUCUCUCAGCCCCCACCCCCCCCCAGGUGGGCAGACAGAAAGAAUCUCACUCUAGAGUGAAGGGAUGAAUUCAUACCCCAACUCUGUCACUUACACACUGAGGAGACCGGAGGCAACCGAGCUUCAGCACCCUCCUCUACAGAAAGGGCACAGGGUACCCUCAUCCUUUCUAGCGUGGCAUAUCAGCCAGGAAUUUAGCUUUCCCAGUGUCCUGCCUCUGAGUGACAGUGCAGGUGGAGUGGGCCUGCAGGACAGCCAGGCGACAGGAGACUCAUUGCUACAGAGAUGGUCAACAACACCUAUGUCUAUUGAUCCAUGUCCAACUCUGGGCUGUCAAUCAAGACCCAGGCUAAGAGAGCAGCUUGCUUUCUGUUCCCCCCCCCAAGCAUCAUGUGACCUAGCCACAGGGGAUCCUUCAUGCCUGCAUGACUGGGGCUCAUUUAGAGUCUGACUUUGAGAAUUCUGGGACAGUGUAGUUCUAUAACUUGCUCUAAAAAAAAAAAAAAAAAAAAAAAACACUGGAUUAGGGCUGGAGAGAUGGCUCAGCCGUUAAAGGCUAGGCUCACAACCAAAAAAAAAAAAAAAAAAAACCACUGGGUUCCAAAUUACUCUCUGUUCCUGUGUAGCAAUGACCAUUUUAGAAGUCUCUCCCAGAUGGUGGCCUCAUUGAGGAAGUUGGGACAUGUGGCUCAUUGCAAUGUGUCUGAUAUCCCCUUGGCAGUCUGCAUGUUUGUUUCAAGGAUAACAGCCUGAGUCAUGUCCCUCACAGGCAUGUCCAGCAUUUUGACAUUGCAACAUGAUGUUGUCUUCUACAAAGGUCACAACUGAGAACCUCAAAAUUGAGUUACCAAAGUAGAGGGACUAGGAAGACAACUCAGUGAACUCAGUGGUUAGGAGCACUGGUAGCCCUUCCAGAGGGCUGGGGUUCAGUUCCCAGCACCCACAUGGUGUCUAAUAAUGGUCUGUAACUCCAGUUCCAGGUGAUCCAAUGCCCUCUUCUGAGAGGCUUCAGGGAGCACCAGGCAUGCACACGGUGAACAGACAUACAUGUACAUAAAACAAGUAAACAACAAAAAACUUUUGAUUUUUCAAGACAGGCUCUCUCUAUGUGACUCUGGCUAUUCUGAAACUUUCUAGGUAACCAGGCUGGCCUAGAACUCACAGAGAUCCACCUGCCUCUACCAACCAAGGGCUGGGAUUAAAGGUGUAUGCCACCAUGCCAGGCUUAGUAAAUAAUAUUUUUAAUUUCAAAAAUACGUUUUGAAUGAUUUGGUGUUUCUCCAUAUUCACCCCUGUCCUGGGUCACACCUACAUUAUGUCUCUUUUACUUGUAAUUCUGUACAUUUGGUUUCCUGCCUAUUUUUAGCAAAUACAAAUCUCACAGCACUUUAAUCUGUGGAG